UGUGCCUUCCCCCCGCAGCCCGGCACCAUCGAGCAGGCGGUGAGCGAGAUCCGGGUGGUCGUGCUGCCCGCCGAGGACGGGGAGGUGCAGAGCGUGUGGCUGCUCACAGAAAUCGAUCACUGGAACAAUGAGAAGGAGCGUCUUGUCCUCAUCACGGACUGGUCCCUCCUGGUGUGUAAGUACAACUUCAUCAGCCUGCAGUGCCAGCAGGUGACGAGGAUCGCCCUCAGCGCUGUGGACACCAUCUCUAUGGGAGAGUUCGAGUUCCCACCGAAAUCUCUGAACAAGCGGGAAGGCGUCGGUAUCCGCAUUCAGUGGGACAAGCAAAGCAGGGCCUCCUUCAUCAACAGGUGGAACCCCUGGUCCACCAACAUCCCCUACAUCACCUUCACCGAGCACCCCAUGGCAGACGCUGACGAGAAGGUCGCAUCCCUGUGCCGGCUGGAAAACUUCCAAACACAGCUGAUCCAGGCUGUGAAGAAAGCCCACAAGGAGGGCCCUGUGCCAGGGAGUGCUUCUGGUGUCCUGGUGCUGGAGCGGCCCAUCCUCAUCGAGACCUACCUGGGACUGAUGUCCUUCAUCAACAACGAGGCCAAACUGGGCUACUCCAUGACAAGAGGAAAAAUUGGAUUUUAAGCCCCCUUGCUGUCCCCUGUUGAAGGAAGGGCAGGCCUGUUCUUCCUGUUCAUGAAGUGCCCUUGGAACCUGCUGAAACCCUGCCCAAGUACCUGCUGUACAAUAGAACCUUUGUGCCACGUUACUGCUGUAUCCCUGUGUAUGGUGUCAGAUCCUACCCUGUGCUUGGGACUGAUUAGUGUUGUCUAAAGAGGAAUUACUGUUCCAAUCUCCGUGAUCUCAGCGCUCUCAUUAAUGCCUGUUAGGAGUUUUGAAAGCUGUCAGUCAGUCUUUAACAAUAUUUGCUGGCUUUUGCUAAAGCUGCACUGUUCCACCUGCUCAGCAGCAGUUGGUGAACUCUGAAUAUGCUUUUUGUAAAAAUCCCUCUAAAAACCCACUGGAACUUCCUCUGUUUCCUUGCUGCAGCCACAGAAUAAAGACUGUUGUGAGAGAACAUUGCCAAAAGCCUCACCAACA